UGAAUCCCAAAAUGUCAUCUCCGCACCACCCCUACACCACCCCACUCCCUCACUCCCCUCCUUCCAUCCCCACCGACCUCCCUCUGUACCCCCUUUCCCUCUCCUUCCCCCCUUUCCUUCCUUCUCUUCUAACUUUCCUCUAGAGGUUACAGUAACGGCAGGAAUAAAAUGGAAUAGAAUUGGAAGAGGGAUUAGGAAGGCAGGCAAGGAAACAGACUUGAUUGACAGCAUAAUUAAUCUGAAAAGCAUACAUAGAAGAAAUAAAGAAGAGAAUAAAGAUUUAGGAGCUCCAAGCAAGACUCCUAAAACUAGUAAAAAAAUUAAUAAGUACUCUUUGAGCAAAUCUGUGUGCAAAUUUGAUAAGUCUUCACCUCAAAUUGAGGGAUUCAAAAGAAAAAGAUUAAACCACACCAAACUAGGCCAUCGCUCAUCUAUUUCAAAGUCUAUCUACGAUCAUUUGUAUAAUAAGGACAGAUUUAAAUAAAAUGAUGAAGGAUCAUUUUCUUGCUGAAAACAAGAAAAAUUCUAAAUAAAGACUACAUCAGCCCAUCCCUCCGAACCAAAAUCCCCACUGACCUCUGCAAACGCCUCUGGCAACGUCUCCAAAAGUCCAAAGAAACCCGCUCUUACUCAACCUCCAAACACCCCACCCCCUCCACCUACUCUACUGCCCUUAAGCACAACCAAAAACCCCACACCAGCAGAAACACCCACAGCAUAAUCUCCUUCCACUCAAACUCCCUGUACAAGUACCAAAAAUCCCACUACUCCAAAGCCUGCACUCACAAGUCAUCUUCUCAGCUGCCUUACCUGGCUCAGCCAGGUAAGGCCUCUGGAGAAAAUUACAGGUACAAGCGGGCUGAGAGUAACAGAUCUUUUGGACAGAAGAACAGGGGGAAUGGAGGGAUGAAGGAAGAGAAGUUGAAGAGGAUGAUGAAAGAUGUUAGUGAGAGUAGGAAGAGGUUUGCAAUAGAAGGGGUUUGGAAAAGAUUUGCAUAGGGUCUGAGGAAUAAGAUUGAGAGGUAUGUUGGGAAUAAGUAGCUCAA